CGCGAUGACGCACGAGCCCCGCCUCUUUCCGGAAGCUGGCUGUCAUGUGACUUGUUUGUUGGCGAGACGCAUCAUUUCAUUACGGCAACAAACCAACGCUUGUCCCGCGUAAUUCCCCUUUCCCCCCGCUCUCCUCCUCUCUCAUUCUCGGUCAUGGACGAGACGAGCCCGCUGGUCUCUCCGCUUCGCGAUUCCAACGAUUUCAGCUACGGUCCCGCCGAGCCCGCCAGUCCCCGCGGCGGAUUUGGAGGCACGCCGGGCUCCGUGGUGCGUCUGCCGGCCGGGAGUCCAGGACGCAGCUGCGAGCGGCAGCCGCUCCUGGACCGAGACCGAGGCGCGUCGCCCCGCGACCCGCACAGGAACGAGUUCCCGGAGGAUCCGGAGUUCAGGGAGAUCAUCCGGAAGGCGGAGCGGGCCAUCGAGGAGGGCAUCUACCCCGAGCGCAUCUACCAGGGCUCCAGCGGCAGCUACUUCGUCAAAGACUCAGCAGGGAAGAUCAUUGGCGUCUUCAAACCAAAGAACGAGGAACCGUACGGCCAGCUGAACCCCAAGUGGACCAAAUGGCUGCAGAAGCUCUGCUGUCCGUGCUGUUUCGGCCGGGACUGUCUGGUCCUGAAUCAGGGCUACCUGUCAGAGGCCGGUGCCAGUUUGGUGGACCAGAAACUAGAGCUCAACAUCGUGCCGCGCACCAAGGUCGUGUAUUUAUCAAGUGAGACGUUUAAUUACAGCGCCAUCGACCGAGUAAAGUCUCGAGGAAAGAGGUUAGCGCUAGAAAAAGUGCCCAAGGUGGGCCAGCGUUUCCACCGGAUUGGCCUGCCGCCCAAGGUGGGCUCAUUCCAGCUCUUCGUAGAGGGAUAUAAAGACGCCGAUUUCUGGCUCCGGCGGUUCGAGGCGGAGCCUUUACCAGAAAACACUAAUCGCCAACUCCUGCUACAGUUUGAGAGACUGGUGGUGCUGGAUUACAUCAUCAGAAACACAGAUCGAGGAAAUGACAACUGGCUCAUCAAAUAUGACUGUCCGAUGGAUACGUCAAGCAACAGGGACAGUGAUUGGGUGGUAGUGAAGGACCCCAUCAUUAAACUGGCAGCCAUUGACAAUGGCUUGGCCUUCCCUCUCAAACACCCGGAUUCAUGGAGAGCCUACCCGUUUUACUGGGCUUGGCUGCCACAGGCUAAAGUUGCGUUUUCCCAAGAGAUCCGAGAAUUAGUUCUGCCCAAAUUAUCCGACCCGAACUUCAUCAAAGACCUUGAGGAAGAUCUAUAUGAGCUUUUUAAGAAAGACCCGGGUUUCGACAGAGGACAGUUCAAGAAGCAGGUCUCAGUAAUGAGGGGGCAGAUCCUGAACCUGAGUCAGGCGCUGAGGGAGGGCAAGACCCCGCUGCAGCUGGUGCAGAUGCCGCCGGUGAUCGUGGAGACGGCGCGUGCGCCGCAGCGAGCCAACAGCGAAUCCUACACGCAGAGCUUCCAGAGCAGAAGACCCUUCUUCACCAGGUGGUGAUGUGCAAGUAACGUUACAGCCUGGUUUUAGUUACGUUUUUUUCACUGGGAUUUUGGGAACAAAGAGAGUAGGAAUAACUGACGACGAACACAUAAUUCUGAAGGAAAGCAUUGCCUUGUUGACUGUUACACUUUAUGAACCCACAAAGCCGCGUUCAGAAUGGCCUGCAUGUCGAGUCAACAAGACGAUGAAGGAGAAACUUUCUGCUGUAGUGAAACCUCGAUGCUUGACUGCUCUGGAACUGCUCAACUAUAUCAUUCAUAAGCGUUUUCUGGUCAGGGUUUUCUUGCCUCACUUGUGUGUUAGUUGCGUUUUUCUCGCAAUCGUUGAAAAGUCACACUUUCUCCUGCUUUUUUUCCAUUAGCAUGAUAUUUUUCUACUUUUUUACGCUCACCUGUUUGGCGUUCGUAACUUGGAGGCGGAGUCACUUUGGCGCUCAACUGAGCGCGUGCAGAAACACUGGAACGUUCCAUUCUCGCAGUGACAUCGUUCCUUUUGUUCUUUUGUUCAUAGUUCGAUUUCAUUUGAAAAUUGAAGAUGUCAUUUUUUUUUAACAAUGUAUUCACAGGUGUCAACAAAACUGACCUUAAACCGUGACAAUGGACUGUAUAAUUUGUAUGGAAUGUAUUUAAUGAAAGAUGCUAAAACUAUAACCGUGCAGAACUCAAUAAAAGGAACAGACUUGAGUUUUAUUUCAAAAACAGUUUAAUUGGAAGUUCCGGCUUAAUCACAAGGGAAUAAAAUAACUUGUUCUA